AUGGCAGGGAUUGAACGGGUCACAAAACGAUCCCCGAAUGCUUGUGUGCGAUGCCGGAGGCAGAAGAUCAAGUGCUCUGGGUCGCAGCCGUGCAAUGGGUGCAGCAAACGCAAUCUAUCCUGUAUCUUCGAUGAUCCCGAUCAAAAGAUAUUGGUGAGAAGGGGAUAUAUUUUGGAGCUACAGCACAAGAUUGCGCUCAUCGAACAGAAUAGAAACCACGAUAUCCAAGCUCUUGAUACCAAGGACUGCGAAGAAGCACCUGCACUGAGCAGGGCCCAUCUGCCCGAUGGUCAUGAUGAUUCGCAGGAACUGACAGAGGCGUGUCUGAUCAAUCCACUGUCAGCCGGUCCACCGGCUUUUAUGUCUACGGCAAAUGGGAGAUUGGUUUACCUGGGAACAUCUUCGAACUGGUCAUUUACUCGGCGUGUUCUUAGUAUGGCGCACGAACAUAUAUACCAGGAGGCGCUGCCUACAGAAACAUUGCUGUUUGACGGCACGACCUAUGAAAUCGGUUGGGACGGACAGCGAACCACCACAAACCAGGAUGUUCCCGUUAUUCCGACCCAUGAUCACACAUUGUAUUUGAUCAACGCGGUCAAAUUUCGCUGCGGACAAUUGUAUCACCUCUACAAUGAAAGCGAUUUUAUGGAAUCCCUGCGGCAGUUUUAUCUCGAAGAUGGGCAGACAAUGACAAACGGUUUGUGGUACAUCCAUUUCCUCCUUAUCCUCGCUUUCGGAAAAGGAUUUGUUCAACCCAAGAUACAGGGGAAAAAACCACCAGGGAUCGGCUAUUUUGUGAAAGCGCUGCAGCUUUUGCCAGAGCCGAAUGCUCUUUGCCGGGAUCCCAUGGUGUCAACAGAAAUCCUAUGCUGCAUCGCCUUAUAUUAUCAGUGUCUGGACUGUCGAUCAUCGGCACAUAAUUACAUUGGCCAGGCAAUGCGGAUGGCCAUGGCACAGGGAAUGCACACUCGCAUGCCGGUCGAAUAUUUGGGCGAGCAUGUAGUCGAAAGGUGCCGGAAGAUCUGGUGGACCGUCUAUAUUCUAGACCGAGAAAUGACCUCCUUAAUGGGUUUACCGCAAUCUUUUUGUGACCGCUAUGUGCAAGCCCCACUGCCCACGUCUUCGGACUCCGCGGGCAAACCAACAUCUUUCGGCAUGCACAUUAAAUUGUCCCAGAUUAUUGCCGACAUCAAUACAACGGUAUACGCUAUUGACGGGCGAAUCAACCGAACUUUCCUGCUCAGCACCAAGACUGCAUUAGCACAUAUAGCGGGGCUUGCCGAUGAGCUCCGCGAGUCAUUCCCGCUGCAUCUGGACCGGACAAUAAGCGGCGUUUCUCGAACAUCAGCCUACCUGAAUCUAUUGUAUCAUCAGAACGUCCGGAAUUUGAUGCAAAUGUGCUUGGAAUCUGCUCAGCAUAUCCUCAACAUCCUCAACAGUCUCCAGGCGGAAGGUCUUCUCGAAACAUUCAUUCCAUUCGAUCUAGAAUCAAUAUCUGUAUCGACCGUAAUCCUUCUCAUGGGACUAGCAGUCGAUCCUCGCUUCCCAGAGAGCAAUUCUAUCUGGCUUGAGCGAGCGUACGCAAUCUUCGACGAAAUGGUCAGAGACGGAAACCAAGUCGCCAAUCUCCGGCGCUCAGAGCUCCAACAGCUGGACGAAACUCUACGCUGUAUUUCUCAGGUCCAGUCUCAACCCUUGCCAGCCCCCGCUUUCCUUCAGCAGAACGGUGUCUUCCAACAUGACCAUUCACCUGACGCUGCUUCUCUGGAGGCAUCCAUGACGGAACCUCUUCACUGCAAUUCCCCACUUAGACCGGAUUCUUUGUUGGAUGGGGAGUGUGAUUUUGGGGCAUCUUUGACUUCUGCUGGGAUUAUGGCUAUGGCGGAUUCGAUUGAAAGUUAUGAGACUGAGUGGGUGUCUAACGCUAUGAGCGAACAUAGUAUCUGGUAG